GGGUGAUGCUGGAUGAUGAUUUGGCUACUAAUUUUUCAGAUUAAAGAGUUAUCUUUAAAAAUAACAUUCCUCUGUGAAGUACAUUCUGAUUUCAUUGGCUUCCAAUUGUCACAGGUUGAGAUCUUACAAGAGUCUCGAAUGAUGAUUCCAGACUGUCAGCGGAGAUUAGAAAUUGCACAUGCAGAUCUCACUCAACUACUAGAAAAUGAAAAAGAGUUGGAAGAAGCUGAAGAGUAUAAAGAAGCACGUUCCAUUCUAGAGUCGGUGAAGCUGGAAGCCUAGAAGUUUUUCAGUACCCUCUUUAUAUGUAU